AUACGGCAGGGAACUACAGUCAUUUGUACAGUUGUAGUGAUAUGCAUGUUAGUGGAUUUGUGUUCGAGUACUUACUAAAUGUACCACCAUUUUAUAGUAGACACUGGACGCUUCGUCGUUCGCACCGCGCAAAUAUUCGCUAUGGCGGAUAUCCUGUGGCCAGGCCGUAAGAGAAAAUGUGUUGGACUCACCAGUUAUUCAAGUCACGUUGAUCUUCGGUUAAAACUGAACAGUCUGGCAAUCUGGAAAGAAAUACAAAUAAGAGAAUAUAAAACAUGGCAUACUGCGGCCAUGGCUCGUUUGAAGAAAGCUCAAUCUGGAAGAUCACUUUCACCUCUUGGAGCAUCCAGAGCAAGUUUCUGCCCCGAUUUGAAUGAAUUUGAAUAUGUUGUAUUUAGUAAAGCCUAAGCAUUUACAAGCAGGUGUUUGACUACUGUAUUGUUAAAGCAGAGGCAUAUACCCCUUUUUGGAAAUGAUAUCCAAGUGACCUACUGUACUAGCUGCAUUAUCUUAUAGCAAGGCAGAAAUACUGUCUGUGUUGUGAUGUGAAUCAUUCAGGUAUUGUUAAAACAGGUAUAAACUAAAUAAGGCAAACGGCAAAC